GAAAAGAGGAUAAGUGCAAUGAGCCAAUACUUCUUGGAUACGCCCCUGACGCAUUCAGAUUAAUCGGUUCAAAAACUAGUGUAUUUCAUCAACCUCAUCGAUCAUUCCAGAUCUCAUCGACAGAUUGACGUUUUAACGUGAUACUCUCCCUCCAUAUCCAUUUCAGUUUACUUCAGCCCGUGAACCUCCCUGCCCAUCCAUCGCUCCUGCGCUCCCAGGUGCGGUGACGAGGACAACGCGGAAGUGAGUUGUCAACAGCACAGGAGUCAACUGUCCUCAGGCAGACACGAUGUCCGACAACGACGGUGUCCGAUACUGUCAGCGAUGCUCAUACAUUUUCCUCAAAUUCGUCCUGUUCGGUUAUGCCAUCAGCUGGUGGUUGAUAGGUGGCUUUAUCCUCGGCAUUGGCAUCUAUGCUGAGGUGGAGAGACAACGCUACAAGACGCUGGAGGGAGUGUUUUUGGCCCCGGCUAUAAUCCUCAUCCUCCUGGGAAUCAUCAUGUUUAUUGUUUCACUUGUUGGAGUCUUGGGUUCACUGAGGGAUAAUAUAACCCUACUGAAAGUGUUCAUGUACACCCUGGCUGUUUGUCUGAUCCUGGAGCUGCUCGGAGGAAUAUUGGCGCUGGGGUUCCGCCAUCAGACUGUGGAUUUGCUGAACAAGAACAUCCGAAAAGGCAUAGUGAACUACUAUGAUGACCUGGACUUCAAAAACAUCAUGGACUUUGUGCAGAAGAAGUAUAAAUGUUGUGGAGGUCAGGAGUAUACGGACUGGUCGGUCAACAUGUACCACAACUGUUCUGCACCUGGUCCAUCGGCCUGCGGUGUCCCUUAUACCUGCUGCAUUACUACUAAGCCUAAUGAAGUGGCCAACACCAUGUGUGGCUACAAGGUGUUGGAAAAAGAGCGUUUGAUGCUGAUUGAUACCAUCCAUAUCAGAGGCUGCACUGAUGCUUUCUUCAUAUGGCUUAUGGACAACUAUAAGAUUAUGGCUGGACUGCUAUUAGGGAUCCUUCUGCCUCAGUUCUUCGGUGUGAUAGUCAGCUGGCUGUACGUGACUCGUGUUGAAGACGCCAUCAGUGAGUACGGUCACUACAUGGACCUAGUGGACUCAAAUGUGAAGGAAAGAGAAGCCAAGAGGCAGGGCCAUGUGGCAAAGUGGUUUAAGUGUAUGCCAGAGAUCUGAUGGAGAUGACGAACAUGAAUGUUCUCCAGCCAACACUCACAUUUAUCCAGAUACUGCUGCAGCUGCUGUGGGAGACUACCCUUGAACUGCAGGUUUAUUAAAUGCAAACAUCACUGUGGAAAAAAAUUGUUCUGAUGUUUUUUUUAUUUUUGGGGGGGGGGAAGGAAAUGUUAUGCAACCAAAUUAUUCAUAGUUUGUGAUUCAAGUAUUCCUUUUUCCAGUUUUACUUUUUUAUUGUAAACUCACUGGAUUUAUCCAACACAAAUGUUUGCAGGGCCCAUUGAUGUGUUAAUUAAUAAUUACAGUGUUAACAUACAGUGUACGGAUGCAUGAGUGGGAAAUAAUAGCUCAUUUAGAUUUGUUUUUGGCUGCAUCGUGCCCAAGAGAGUCUCAGGGAUAAAAGCAGGAACCAAUACAACCACUUUUGCUUCUAUUUUUUUAAUAUAACAUGAAAUUAGUCUGUUCAGUUCCAUCACACAACCACAACAGCACUGACGUUUUUUCCGUAUACUUUUUAUACCUGUGUUUACUGCUUAUUUAUUGCCACCAAUUAAAGCAUUGCUCUGCUCCUUUAUACAACCACCGGUGAAGCAGCUCCUGUUAUCCAACCACUACCAUUGCCAAAAACUAUUCCUCUCAUCUGAAGCUGGCCAUUUUUGCCUUAUUUGUAAAUAGGAUUGGAAAUACUUUGCAACUAAAACAUUCUUUUAAUACAGUGCCCUGCACAUUAUGACCACAUGUUCUCACUGAACCUUCGUGAUGUGUCCAGCACAUCAAGCAAGUGUUGCCUCUAAUUUUCCUUAGUGAAGACUUAACUUACCCUCAGAAAUAUAUUUACAGUUUAUCUUUAGUCAAUUGAGAAAAUGAAGGGGAAAGAAGCUGACCUGCAUGCAGUGCUUGAGUCUAAUUCAAGAUUGUCUUGUUUUACGUUGAUUUAUAAGAUGAAUGCUAAUUCUGUGCCACUGUUAUAACAAGAGGACUGCUCAAGGUUAUUGUAUAGCCACACUCUCUACCAAGAGUUUAUGUAUGACUAAUUAUCAACAGCAAAUCUACCAGUGAAACACACAAUUACACCUGAAUUAUUAUUUUUUUAAUCUAUAUGGCAAAAUGUUAUUAGGGAUCAAAUUCUGCUUAUAAAGCAACAUGUUCUAACAAAUCAGAGAAGGGUGGGGUUUUGCGAUAUGAAGGUGGGGGUGAAAACAAUCAAACUACCGUUGAUAACAGGCUGUGCAACUAGCAAUGGCUGUUAAUCGGGUAAUGUGGCGUGCAGAUAAGAGGGCUCAUCAACAUUUCCAAAAAGUUCUCUAACCAUUGGUUAAGCUACUGUGUGCCAAUGGUGGCAUGCGUGCCUUAGGUUCCCUACCCCUGCUUUAAAACAACCUACAACAUAUGUUAUAAAAACAGUGUGUUUUUGAGUUUUACAGAUAUGCACUUGCACAAGUGAAUAAUGUGAAUUUAAUGUGUUAUUGAACUUUGUUUGGUUUGAAGUGAAGUUAAAAAUUGAGACCAAAUACAAAAUAUUUGUUGAAGUAAAUUUUUUGUGAAAUUAAAACUUCCCUUUGUUUGUGCCUUUAUGUGACUUCCCACUACAUUCUUAGUGAUAUACGUACAUGAUCUACUAUACUUACAUCUCUGCUAAAACAUGUUUGCAAACAUUUCAAAUUGGUUAUUUUCUGGCAUUGCCUCUAUUCAGUAGGAUGAGGCCAAACAGGAUUUACCAAGGUUUUUGGUUAGCCAGGUUUUUCACCAGAGGGUCAAGUCAUUACUCGACAGUUUUAACGUGUACAGCAUGGAAAUGUUUUCUAAACAUGUAAUAUGACAUAAAGAAUAUUUGAGUGAUUGUAAUGAUGACCUUUCUGUAACUAUCAUUAUUACAGGCCACAAUCACAGGACUUACACGUCACAGUUUUAAGUGCAUGUCUUGCCAAUUAAAAUAAUAAGAUGAUACACAGAUGUACAUCCAAACUUAUCUUAUUAGUUUUGUAGAUGCGAGGACAUUCAGCACACCACCCUUAUGUAUUUCAUGUACUUUGUGCACAUUGUAAUAUUCUAUAGACGAGUGCCUACAUUCAAUACGUGUGUGGCCUUACUGGGAAUUGCAUCAUCUGUUUUUAAAAGUUAAUAUCAGUUCAAUAAACAUGUAUUGAAAGAAGUGUGUUGUCAAGUUGUUUUGCCUGG